CUUUCUCGCCUUCCAGUCGAGUACUCAUAGUACUGCUCACACCUGUGUUUCGCCACGAGUCGAGGAAAGGCUCGCUUUCGAUGUUUACGGGGAGAAAUCUCUGCCCGAGACCGGUCGCGCCAGUCUCGCGGCCCGCGCCGUCCUCGCACCACGCAUACCGCCGCAGCCAACGUUCUCCGAAGUUCCCCCCCUAUUCCCGGUAGUGCAGUGUUUUGUUUGUGAGUGAACCAGGAUUUUUAAAGUGUGUUUUUGCUCGGAUGUGGCGGUGAUGGCUAUGUGCGCGCGCGCAGCGCUGUUGUGCGCGCUGGUCGUCGCCAGCGCGCACGCCUACACCGUCGACUGCAACCGCGAGUACACGGACUGCGACUCUGAAUUAAGUAAACUAACAGGAGAAGAAGAUGAAGUAGUGGCAGCAUCUCAAACCGAAACAACGGUAGAAUAUGUCACCGAACCACCCUCCCACACGACCACAGCUACAGCGCCCCCCACAAGAUCAACAGCUCCUCCCACACCACAACCAGAAAUAGAAACCACUACGGAAGAUGAUACGACCACGAUCGAAUCACCCAGCCUGAAACCAAAAGGAAGACUACUAAAUCUAAACGUAGAUGAACUAAAGAAUUUCGCCUUCACACUACAUAAUAGUACUAAGAUGACUGAUCUUAGCGAUGUAACUUUAGAUGGCGAAGAUGAAUUUGAUCCCACAAAACUAGAUGUUCCUAAGUCUUUUAAAGAUUUGCCUGAUAAGUUUUACUCAAAUCUGCAAGCACCGUUCCAUCCUGCGAUUUUGACAGAUCAUUCUGAUGAAGGGAAGGAGGAAGGAGAGACAAUGUGCGUUGAAAAUGGAAUUAAUUAUAAGGCAGGAGACCACGUGGAUCGUUCGUGUGAAGAGACCUGCGAGUGCAUGCCAAGCGGCAAAUUCAAUUGCUCCCCGCGCUGCAAACAUCCAUACAUUCGCCGGGGCCGGACUCUGAAUGAUCCGCUGUGCUUCGAGUCACCUGUUGACGAGUGCUGCAGUAUCAUAGCAUGCGCCACUGGAAACGGAGACACGAAGGUGACCAAGCUGGAGGUGUGCAAGUACGGCAACGACACCUACCUCGUGGGCAACACGUGGAACGUGGGCUGCGAGCAACGCUGCACAUGUGAAAAGAACUCGGUCAUCACCUGCAAGCCGAGGUGUCCGCCUCUAUCCCAAUCGGACAAGUGCAUCAACGUGCAAGAUCCCAAUGAUGCUUGCUGUGAGGUGCAAGUAUGUGAUGUAUCUCAAGAUGUGCACGAAGACCAAACUGAUAACGUCACUAAUUCCACAACUACGGCUGAGAAACAAAACCUCACUGAGGAAGCUUCAACAACUACCAGCAUGCGUCCCCUAGUGCUGACUGAACCUAUUGGUUCAAUCAAGGUCCUGCAAAACAACAGCGUCCAAGUGACUCUAAUGCACUCCAACAGCAGCGAAGACCCCAUUCAUCUCCUUCUCAGCGAUGACGGAGGAGCUACCUUCAAAGACGUAGAACUUAAAUACGAGAACUUGAUCCUCAACCUCGAUGGUGGAAAAGACUACAUUCUGAAGACGAAAGAGACGGGAACUAAGUUUAAUUUCACGAUAACUUCGAUGGAUAUGGGGCAGAAGGAGCCGCCUGAAGAAUUGGUUGAGGUCAAUGAGAAAAUCGGGUGCCAUCAGAAUGGCAAGUUUUAUGAAGUUGGUGAUGAAUUCCACAUCGGCUGCUCCGAGCUCUGCGAGUGCACGGGCGACGAGACCCGCGAGUGCGCCGCCCUAGAGUGUCCCUCGCACGUGGGGCUCGAACUGAUGUCCAAGGGCUGCGUGCGCUGGGCGCCCAGCCCGCCGCCCACGCCGCCCAACUGCUGCCCGCGCGCCGCGCGCUGCCUCAGCGACGGCACAUGCCAUUAUAAUGGAGUGCCUAUCCCGAACUGGACUGACGUACCCACCAGCCUCUCCGGCUGCUCGCAGCGCUGCUUCUGCGAGAACGGAGAGCUAGACUGCCAGGAGGUGUGCUCCCCCCUCCCGCCGCUGCCACCGCAAAACAUGCGCUGCCCGCCCGGACACCACCCCGCGCCCGUCAACAUCUCCAUUGACGACUGCUGCCAGCAGUGGGGCUGCGUUCCGCACGGUCAAACCCCGUCAUCAGACAUGCCAAGCUCCACACAGACACAUAUACCAAAAGCGCCGUUCCUGCCUACGGUGCCACCGGAUUCCUCGAUCCACUUCCCGGAUGAGGAUGAUGGACAGAACCAUAUAAUACAGCAGCGUCCUGUCAACCCGCUGGUGAACGGACUACCACCAGGUCUUCUACCCUCCGGAAUACCGGGAAUCACGGUACCGCCGAACAACGAGAACAAGAAACUGACGGUGAUUAAUCUGGUGUCGGACUCGCCGACCAGCGUGAAGAUGCUGUUUGCCCUGCCUCCAGUACUCGUUGGGUUGCGCGGCAGUGUCGACCUGAGAUAUACUGACAAAGCUGACGAAGAUAUCGCACACUGGUACUCCCAAGUGUUCGCGCCGGCGGACGAGAUCCUCACCACCUCUCGCCUGGAGUUCCGCCUCACCGGCCUGAAGCCGGCCACCGUGUACAAGAUGAGAGGGAAACUGUACCUGCACAACUUGCCCGUGGAGCCGGAGAGCGUGAUAUACAGCAUACGCACGAUGGAUCCCCUGCCUGCGGUCGCACCGGUAGAAGUCAAGAGGAGAGUGAUUGACAGCAGAAUGGCGGUCCAGGAACUCAAUGACUCCGUGGCCCACAUCACAUGGAAACGGUUCUCCGAAGAAGAUUUACCGUUUAUUGACGCCAUACAAGUUCGCUACCGUCCCGUCGGUAACCCGAUCUACAGCAUGACGGAGCUGCUCCACCACAGUCGAGACUCCGUGUUCCUACAGGAGCUACGACCUGGGAGCAGAUACGAGGCCUCUCUAGUACUAGUGCCGCCACCUGGAGCCACUACUGAGCUGCACGACCCCGCUGUGCUCGAGUUCACUACCGCGCCCUACGUCGACCCCUACAACUGGUCCGUGCAGCUGGAAGCCCGCUCCGUAGGCUCCGAGGCGGCGGAGCUGACGUGGCGCGGCGUGCCCGCGCCGGCCGAGCGCUGGGUGCGCGUGUACCGCGCCGCGCACGCGUGCGGCGGCGGCCGGCGCGAGCACGACGCGUUCCGGCUCGCCGUGCGCGACCAGGCGCCCGCCAUCACGCUCACCGGCCUCCAGCCUGACACGAGGUGUCGUGUGUGGCUUGAGCUGUUCCUUACAAAUGGAAAAGUGAAAACCAGUAACGUGCUAGAAAUUAACACAAAAUCGCUAGACUCUCCGGAGCCAAUCGACAAUGCCAUCGAAGCCUCAUCAGUGGGUGGCGCCAUGGCGCCGCGGGGAGAUUACUACGGAGCGCUAGUGGUAGUGGGCGUGGUGGCCGCCCUGGGCGCGCUAACGUCACUGUUGCUCCUGCUGGUGGUUGUCCGUCGACAUCGCCCGCGCUCAGUACCUAUUACUCCUGUACCUACCGCUCCAAGGGAGUCGUCGCUGCCACCGUACGAUAACCCUGCGUACAAACUAGAGUUACAGCAAGAAACUAUGGAUCUCUGACAGUUAAGCUCCCGUGGGCACACAAACGGCCUGAACGGGAUCUCAGAGCGCGGCGUGGACGUGCCGAACGGCCGGCAUUAUAACGAAAUGGGCGUUUAGAGGGCCAGAUACGAAACAAAGUAUCAAGACAUUGUAGGAAGAAAUUUAACGCUAGUAAACGGAAACGGUGGUACACUGCAAAUAAAUUUUCCACAGAAGACUGCAGCUGACUGUACCUAGAAGUGAAAAUCAAUUGGCUGUCAGAAAGUUGGCCAGUAGUUUGUGAUCCGAUUAUAACUGGAUUGCCCUUAUCGCGUGAUUGUGACAAUAUAAAACGGGCGUCUUACUGUCUACUCUGAAAGUAACUUUUGUUAUUGCUUCAAAUAAUUGCCCAAUAAGAGCGAUCAUAAGAUUGUCAAACAUUCAGCUUUUAUUCUUUGGAUUUUUUAGUACAAUGUCUUAUUUGUUGACGUAAAAGCCGUCAAGCCUGCUCAAUGGAUGGACUGAUUACCAAUUAUUUUGCCGCAAGGCUGCUUCGCGUGGCUGUAUUUAACAACUAUUGGCACUGCAUCUCUUUCGUUUGACUUAAAAACAAGAGAUGUAAGAUAUUUGUCAAGAAUUUUGUUAAGUGAAGCAUAAAAAGAAAGACCGAAAUAUAUCGUGAGCGAUAUUUAUAUUCUAAGGGGCCCACAGUCCGCCUGCAGGCUCUGGUCUGUCAGUUGUUCGGAACUGUCAACUUUUUGUUCUAACUGACAGGCUGAUAUCGUUUGGCGGACGUAAUCAGUGGGCCCUUAAGAGAUAGUCGAGAAUAGAUCCUAAGAAGUAUUGGACUGUUAAAAGUUACUUCUAUAGCAGUGAGUGAAAGUGACAAUGAUCAAGUGCAAAGUGUUAGCCAAAACUUAUAGUGUUAUAGUGUAAGAUCGAUAUUGUUUACGUGUAGGUAACUAUUACUUUAUUAGGAGUGAAAAUAACAGGAUUGUACCUACAUAUUUGUAAUGAAAUAUUUUACUCUGUACACUGGACAUAUUCUAUGAACAAAUCUAUGUAUACAGUUAAAAAAACGUAAAUCAUUUGUGACCUUCAUUAUUAUAUUUCGGAGUUAGAUUGGUUACUGUCAAUUUAGGAAAUGGAAAAAUGAUCACUGUUCAAAAACUUGUUUGAAGACGGGAAAUUCAAUACUAAUUACAGAGGUGGCUGUUCCAAUACAGUAAUUAAAGUUAAACAUUUUGUUAUAGUCAAGUAUUGAAGUAGGUACGGAUGUUAUCAAUAUUAGCAGAAGAAGUUCUUGUAUUUAAAAAUUAGAUUUCAAUCAGUUUCAAUUAUAAAGCGUUAAGCCUUUUUUUGAUAAAUUAUAAUUUGCGUAAUUGCCGUAAAAUACCGCAAUUCACGUGCAUUCUGAUCAAAGACACCGUAGGCAGCAGUUCCAUUGCCGUAUCUCCCAUACAUUUUUCCCGCAGUUAUUUGAUUUUGUUGUGACGGCAAUAUUCUUAAGAUUUUUAUCUACACGGCAAUCCUAAAAAUCGAGAGGUACAACACUGCAGAGCAUAAAUAAUUAGGUAUCCGGGAAAGUAGGAAAUUUAAAUCAUGUCAUCAUCGUUAAAAAACAGGGUGUCAUGGCUCUUUGUUUUUGUAAAUUAUAUACCCGUAUUGUUAUAGUUAUACCCAACUACCCUCACAGAGAUUAUUUUAAAACGUGCGUAAUAAGUGAAUACUUAAAAUCCCGGACAAUAUAAGUCAAGUGAAUACUUUUGUACUGUAAUGUUUGUUUGUUAUCAUUCCAGUUAACAAAAUCGCUUGAAGUAUAUAUUUAUUAUUAAAUUUUUAAAGACUAUGUGCAUAAAGCAUAUAUUUUUUUAAUGAAAAUUAGAGUCUAACACAUGUUUUUAGCUCAUGUAAAUAUUAUAUCAUCGAAGAAAUGUAACAUAUUAAGUACCUACCUAUAUUAUGCUAUGAAGUCCUCUUUAUGAUAACCGUUAAUAUUUUUUUUUUACUACUUUAUUCAACCUUUCUUUGCUAAAAGAGUCGUGGUAAUUUUCUUACAAUUAUCAAAAAAAAUUAACACCACUUUUUGAGAUUAAAAAUGUACAUAAUGUUGCCAUGUUAUCUUAGUGUAUUAAUUGUAAAAUGUAAUCAGUUUGGACAACGAAUUUUUUAAGUAAAAUUGAUGGUUUACUCAAGUGCCUUUGAAUCGACCAACCUUUUGAUAAAUUGAAAUUUGUAUAUAGUGUUAAUAAGUUUAGUAAUAUUAAGUGUAACGUACGUUGUGGUACUGAUAUUAUAUGUUUGUAUAGUUUAAACUAAUGAAGGUUAUAAUGAAAUACUGCCGCAAAUCGUUAAACUUAUUGUAAUAUAGCUUUACAGGUUA